GCAAUCACAAACAAUUUCACGGACCCUGAAGCCGCCUAAACUUGCUCUACAUAACGGGUCAAAGUGUUAUCAACGUUCGAUAUGUGCCACGAAUAUAUGCUAAUAGACCCAUUAGAUUCGCCAGUCGUUUUACAAGUAUCUGCCGAAAUGUAUCCGAAACUUUUGUUUUAUUUUUUCUUAUUGGUUUUUUUGGGCGCCGUACACUGCGAACUGUGCAACAAAACGGCUUUGGCGUCGGUGGAUGUGUGGGUUCACCGUGACCGUUCUAGCAGAGCGUUUUCGCGACGGAAUGUUAAUUUUAACACUUUGGAUUCGUUCAGAGAAGUGGACGUUACGAGGGCUAACGUUACUAGACUUUGCGAAGGGAUGAUCAGGAGGAUGCCCAGAUUGGAGACCCUUUCAUUGAUUGGCGCCAAUUUGCAGAGUAUUGACGUUGAUGCCUUCCUAGACGUGCCCAAACUGAAUAAAAUUUAUUUAUCAGUGAACAAAUUAGAGAAAAUAAGGAAGGGAUCCUUUAACAACCUCGACAGUCUUAAAAUACUGUACCUGUCUAACAACAGGAUCGACUUCAUAGAAGAAGGCACGUUUGAAAAUUUUAAUCAGUUAGAAGCCGUUUAUCUGGACAGGAACUAUUUGAGCAGCUUCGUAAGUAACGUGUUCAGUGGAUGUCCUAAUAUAAGAGUGAUCGACCUGAGUUUUAACCAAAUCCAUCAAAUUACCGACAAUGCCUUCGUCGACCUCAAACCCACACACGGGAGACUUCUGAAUAUCAAUCUCAACAACAACAGGCUAGACCAAUUCAGUGCCUCGUCAUUGCUUUACGUGACAGCUGUGGAUUUACGUCUUAAAAACAACAAGCUCAGGGAUAUUGACUCGAUUUUCUUCAAUGCAAAGCCACACAGCAAAUUGAACUUCUCCAAUAAUAAAAUUAGUUGUAUUGGUGACGCCGUGGCAGAGGAGAUGAGGAAUUCCACCAAAUCGGUGAUCAUUUCGAAUAAUCCAUUGGAGUGUUCUUGCUUCGACAGAAUCGAUGACAUUCUAGGGGACGAGAUAUUGGGUAAAGGCGAACUGAUAUUCGACACCAACUGUGUCGAACGCGUUCACUUCGAUUAAAGUAUGUAAAUUUUGUAAAUUAAUUUAAUGUAAUAAAUAGUUUAAGUUUU